AUGUUUGACGUGGUAACCAUCGUCGCAUUCUGUGCUCUUCUAUUUUCUGUAACCACUUGCUCACUUAACACUUAUUUUGUGCUCUUUAUAUUUUUCAUCAAAAAGUUGAAAAAUAAAUCGGAAUUUUCUUUAAUAUAUGGCAGAUUUGUACUUGAUAGCCUCUACUCAUUAUCAACUUCGGCUCAUUUGAGCUACUACUUCCUUAGAGUUCUAGCUCCAGAACUUGCUGUCAAAAACCUUUCAUUUUUCAUCGCAUGGCCUAAUUUUGUCUUGGGAAGUAUUCGAAGCCGUCUCGUACUUCUUAUCACUGCUGAUAGAGUUCUAGCCUCGUGUGCUCCGUUUUUCUACCACAAAAAUCGGCCGAAAAUCUCAUUUAUUCCGGUUGCAAUAGGGUAUUUAGCAUAUUCGAUUUUUGAGCAAUAUAUCAUGUUUGGGAUUUGUGAUAUGGUGAUUGAUAUUCCAAUUGAGUGCAAUAAUUUCGGGUGUAGUGUGAACUCGUGUUAUCACAACUAUUGGAAGUGGUAUGAACAGAUCAUGCAACUCUGCAUUGGAACCCUGUCGGUGGUUUUGUGCUUUCGCCUAUUUGUCUGGAAUAAUUGCUCGACGGUAGCGAGCAAUAAGGCGAUUUCAAGGGCCACCCGAAUCUCCCUGCUUGACUCCUUUAUGAUAUUCGCAUUUGACUUUACCCCAAUUUUCCUCAUGACACACUUCCCUGAAGUCAAUUUUCGGUCUGUUGGGCCUCUGAGUGCAUUUUGCAAGAACUUGGGUUUCGUCAUCGAAGCUGUGAUAAUAUUUCGAGUUCUUAUAUCCAACAACGCGGUUUUGCCCGCUUCGACGAGCAGGACGUCUCGGGUUUUUUUAGCAACUGAUUUUCGCCCUGAGCAUCUAUAA